GGGGCGGGACGCGCUAUAAAAUCUAGCGGAUCUUUGUAAAUGCUCUUAGACUGGACUUUAUUAUCAUCUUCUUACACUGAGGAGCGAAAAACCUGCUGCAAAAAUGAGCAAAAUCCUGUUUGGAAUCUUCACCGUGGCCCUGUGUUUCACAAUGGGUUACACCCUGCAGUGCUACAAAUGUGAUAUUGGAUUUUGGGGUUUGUGUGCGACCUCAGAAGUGGGAUGUUCAGCUGGCCAGCAAUGUUUCAGUGGAGCUGGGAAAACAGCGGGUGUGAUUAAGUUGAAUAUGAAGGGAUGUCUGGACCUAGUCGACUGCAAUAAGACGACGGAUGUUCAUUUUCCCACCAACUCAAGCGGCUCCGUCUACCAAAUGACCAAAACCUGCUGCAACACUGACCUGUGCAACACUGCUGCACCGCUCACUAACACUCACACACUCACCCUCGCCAUCACCUCGCUCGCCACGGUGCUCCUCACCAAGGUGCUGGGGUAAAACUGUAAAACUUUCCUGCGACCUCGUCGCCAUGUCGCUCGCUCAUGUUAGGAAUCGCAGCCUUCCAUUUUUUUCUUUCUCAUUUGACCUCUUUUUACUUGUGUUGUAAGGAAACAUGACGUAACUGUUUUUACCGAAUCUUUAUAAGUGACACUCUAUAAGUGUAUAUUAAGUGAGUCUGUUAUUCUCGAUCUUUUCUCAAAUUGUUUACUUUUUUGUAUUGUUUUGUCCUUUUUUUUUAUUUCCAUUCAUGGAACACUUAAUCAUUUUUAGUCAUUUCAACUGAAUAAUUCUGUCAUUUCUUUCGAAUAAGAGAUAUUUAUCCACAGAAAAUCUUUCCAUGUGCCAGAAUUCAGCCCUGAUGUUUUGUUCCACGGGGUUUUAAUGUCGGACCCGUGUGUGUGUGUGUCUACACACUCGUCUUUACAUCGGGAUCCUAAACAAAAUAGAGUUAUUUGGUGGUUGUGAUAUGUAUAAAAUAUGAUGAUGUUAAGGGGACAAAAAAAAAAAACAAAGAUCUUGCUUGAGAUGAUGUUGGCUGUGUGCUUCCUGAUCAGGUGAUGGAUAAAAAUAAACCAGAAUUGGCCAACAGAA